CGCAGGACUCUGAGCGAGUAUUUUCCAUUCUGAAUUUGUUUUCUUAAAGUCAUUAUGGGAAAGUAUUUUGAGACUAUACCUGAGAAGACGAUACAAUGGUGUCUUCAGCAGAAGAUGUUUUGGGUUGCGAGUGCACCUUUAGCAGGUAACGGCCACGUUAACGUCUCGCCCAAAGGAGGGCCCUACUUUGGAAUUCCAGACGAGAGAACAUUUUGGUAUCUAGAUCUAUCGGGUUCCGGCAAUGAAACCAUCGCACAUAUGUACGAACCGGGUAAUGGAAGAAUCACAAUCAUGUUCAACGCAUUCGAUGGUCCACCAGAGAUUGUAAGAUUCUGGGGCAAAGGGCUCGUGUUAGAAUACGGCACACGUGAAUUUCUGGCAUUUGUAGACAAGCACAACAUUGAAGUGCUCCCCGGGACGCGAUCUAUCAUUGUUGUGCACAUACACCAAGUCGGCUCUUCAUGCGGCUAUUCGGUGCCCCUUUACGAGUUUAAAAAGCAUAGACAAAUCUUGAAUAACCAUUGGAUCCAGCAGCAGAAGAAAGUCGAACAGGGAAAAGAAGAGCACUCGAUGCCAAGAUAUUGGGCCUACAAAAGUGCUUGGAGUAUGGAUGGCCUGCCUGGUAUGAAGAUAGGUCUGGCUACAGCUAGAGCUGAGAAGAUCGCUCCCAUUGUAAAGAUGGUUGGUCCUUUGGCUCCGAAAAAUGGUACAGGAUACGCCAUACACACACAAAGACAGAUCUUCAUGAUCGUAAUAUUGAGUUUUCUGCUCGGGGCUUUUGCUGCAAUUUAUGGCCUGCCUCUUUGGGUGGAAUUAAAGACACAAAUACGAAACUUGUCUGCAUAUGUACACGUUUUGUCGAUAUGAUAAUCUUAAAUUUUAUUUAUCUACAGAAUUAUUCUAGGUUUAUGAGCAUGAACCCAGGUCCAGGUACUGGC